GGCAAGUGCUUGGGCAACCUUGGCACCACUCAGCUCCGGGAGGCACCGUGCCCUGAUGACACCUCGGCUGGGGGCGGGGGACACUUGGGAGGGGGCUCUAUGCCAGGCCAGGCUGGAGCCCCAUCUAUAUGUGCCAGGCUGGAUGCCCGCGUGCCCGACUCAGCUGCUUCCGCCAGGAGGACCUGCUGCUGCCUCUCUCCCACCAGAUCUUGAGUGCAGAGAGCUCACAUAUCCAGAGGGCCUCUCCCCACGGCAUCAUAACCGGCAGGUCCGGAGCCCAGGUCACGGGCUCCCUCUACGGCCUUUAGUAGGACUUCCUUCCUAGGUCCAGUCACCCUUGUGCCCUUCUCCAAGGCGAAACCAAGCAGGGGCUGUCUGCAGGGGCGGUCACAGGUCCCACAGGCUGGUGGAUCGUGUCCCUCCCACGCCUCACUGCGCCCAUGGACGGGCUCCAUGGUGAACCAUCCCUGGUGCUGGAGGCUGCCCCGGGAAUCUAGCUGGGCCCCCUUCACAUCUCAGGAGCCCAGACCUGCCACGGGGGGGCUGUGGGUGCACACAGGUGCGCCAGGCACCCUGGUCUGGGACCCGGGGUGUGGUCGCCUGCACCUUGGCUCCUGCGAGGCGCAGACGUCAGGCACAGGCUGGGUGGAAACUCGGGGCGAGGCUGGGCGCGGGUGGAGGGAGGGAGGAGGCAGGGCCCUCCCUCCGCGCUCCCCCUCCCCUUCCAGGCCGGGAUAUAAGCCCCGCGGGGGAAAGCGCCAGCCCAGCCGAGGAGGCCCCGCAGAGCCGCCCUGCAGCAGCCCAGCCCUUGGGACUCCCCUCCUCUCCACCUCCUGCUCAGCUCGCCUCGGGAUCGUCGCUAUGGUGACGAUGCGCAGGCCGUGGCCCGCCGUGGCCGCAGUGCUGCUGGCCCUGCUCGCCUGCCUGGGGACGCUGGUCGACGCCUACCCCUCCAAACCCGAGGCUCCAGGAGAAGACGCCUCCCCUGAGGAGCUGAACCGCUACUACGCCUCCCUGCGCCACUACCUCAACCUAGUUACCCGACAGAGGUAUGGGAAACGCGACGGCUCGGAAACGCUCUUCUCCAAACUGCUGUUCCCCGACGGCGAGAACCGUCCCGUCAGGUCUCGGUCAGAAGGCGCCUACCCGUGGUGAAGACCCCCGAGGCCUCCUGGGAGAUAUGCUAACUACGCCAACUCAUUUGCAUAUUUGCUUCUGACCCUGGAACCUGGAUCCCCCCACAGCCGGUUGCAUGUUGGGGGCGGGGUUGGCACGGGGCCCUCUGUGUCCCCGCCCCCUGGGCGGGAGUGCUGCGUGUGGUCCUUCCCCGUCCCAAAAUAAAGAGCACAUUUCACAGAAACGGAAAGCGUGUGUUGAUGUUCCCUCUCUGAGGGUGGCUUCCGGCGGG